AUGUUCAGUUGGUUGAAGAAACGAUGCCGCAGAAAAUCCGCACCAUCAUUAGUUCCUGUCUCGAAAAGAAUCAAAUCGAAUGUAUCGGUUCAAGCAGUAGCAACACCAGUACCACAAAAUCCAUAUUUUACUCUCGAGGAUGAACCAGAAUACCAUAUCUACGAAUCCGAGUACCAUAUUUAUGAAGAAGUCAACUACAGUGCCCUUCAUGAUAUGUCGGCCGCAGUUACCUCCCUUACCAGUAAACUCAUGGACGACUUUGAAGAAGAUAAUAUAUGGUGCAAGCGAGAAACGAUGACAUGCCCCUUAUGUCGUAAGGAACAGUCAUGUGACUGCAUCACCUCCGACUUUGAAUCUGAUGCCAAUAGCACUUAUCACCUCGACACAGUACCAACCUCAACUCCUGAUCCAUUUGCACGGCUUAAAAAGACCAGACGAAGCUUUCACGGUAACGAGAUCUUAAGAUGCAAUAGUCAUGUUCAAGAUACCAUCAACAAACAACGUCGACCUGUUCAUCGUGCCAUGUCUGACAUACAGCAACGCCCACUACCAGCAAUUCCAAUCCGUAGCCGAUUAUGUGAUGUAUCUUCGGACGACGACAGCAGUGGAUUUUACGAAACCAUGAAUUCCGAAUCUGAUCUCUACGAAGAAGUAUCUACCAUUUCAUCGCCAUCCUUGAAGUGUACUACUGUGUAG